AUGUUACAUAAUCAUAUUGAACAGUUAUCACUAAAUGAUAACAAAUUAGCAAGAAGUAAACAAGAUAAGAUGAAUGUGACACAAAUGACAUUACUACGUGAAAUAACAUUUUCAAAUGAUGUUAAAGUGGUUGGAUUGACGAUGCAACGUACACUUCUUUAUGUUGCUACCAGCGAUGGUCAAAUUAUGAUGAUAAAUCCGGAAACUAGCAGACAGGUAGGAAUUAUCAAUGUUAAUGGUAAAAUAAAUCGAAUGACAGUGACACAUAAUACUGAUAUUAUUAUCUUAAAUGGUACCUAUUUAAUAUCAUUUCGAAAUGGGCAAAAAUACAGGCAAAUGAAAUUACCUAUACCGGGUAAAAGUUUAUCAACAUUUGAAGAUGAGAGCGGCUCAGAACGGAUAAUUGCGCUUGGCCGAAGUAACGAUGUAUUAUUUGUUUUUACGAAUGAUUUAAAACCAUUCGAGGAGAUCUAUUACAAAAAUGAUGCCAAAGAGACAUGUAAUUUUGCUAUUUGGUAUCAAAAUUACUAUUAUAUAAGUUGUCAAAGUGCUAUUUUACAACUUUCUGAGGAUGGUGAAAUUGUGGAAAAAAUUAGCGCUAAUAAUGGAACAUUUUCGCUUGGUAUAACAUUUGAUGAUAAAUCUCGAAUAAUUGCAAUUGUUAGAGGACAACCACUUCUUCAAGUUUUUCAAAAUGGUCAAUUACGACAUAAUCUAUCGGCGAUAUCAACCGAUGAAAUAUUGACAAUUUGGUCGGAAAUUCUUUAUGAAAAUGGUCGAUUGCAUAUUGUGGAUUAUCUGGCAAGUAAACUGAAGACUUUUCGCUAUCCAAUUGAUAGCACUGAAAAUUGA